ACCAAACCAAACCAGUUUAGCAUGAAUACUUUCAAGUACACAAUACUAGCCUACAUCUCAAAUAGUUUUAUAGAGGUUUACAGAACUAAUACUAUUGCCCAUUCUGUGCCUUUAUAGGCCUAGCUGGCUCGAGGAAAGUCAAGUAACUUUAUUGUCACUUCAGGCAUAGCUACUGUUGAGCAUUUGUACAUUUUUUCCUCCAGGACCAUAGUGUUGCUGACAACACAGGACAAAGUGGGCUAUAAGAUAACACUAGGACAAACAUUAAAGUGUAUAUAAUUUAUUUAUAUAUUGCACUAAAUUAAAAAGUUGAAAAUAAACUAAGAGUACGACAUCCUUGAAUAGGAACUAAGCACAGGUGGGUGAGGAAAUAUCAAGCAGGUCUUGAUGAACAUUUGAUAUAUAAGAAUGUUAUGGUUCUUAAAAAAAUAAAGACAAUCCUGUCUUUAAAGACAGUAAUUCACAAACCUGUCAGAUGACCACAAUACAGCAUUAGUAGAGAAACAGACCACUGUGGAUCUAGUUACAAUCUCUACCCGCACAUAUUCGAAACCUGCUGAAAGUCUGCAGCUCUGUUGGACAAUCAGGUAAACUAAUCCCCAAUGAAACCUCAUCCACAUAGGUUAAUAUUUAACAAGUGUUGAGAGUUCUGUUCCUUACAAAAACAAGCAUCCUUCCAGUUUUACCUUUCCUCUACCAUGGUUUUCAGCCAGAUAUACUUGGAGCAACCUGCAGUCUAGUGUCAUCUUGGAAUUAAGAGAUACUAUCACUUUGGCAUCAUGUAUGCCGAUUCUGGAACAGAAAAUGUGACCAUGUCUUUGAACUUCAUGGGCAGGAAAUUACGUAACCAUACCGUUGCCCCGGCAGCAAGGCCACGUGCCUGGGAGACCACUAACCUUUCAUCUCAUGAUAAUGAAGUGGGCACCAGCCGGGUGGUGCUUUCCCAUGCCACUGUUUCAAAAUCAGAGGAACUGCCAGGCAGUGUGCCAGACCUGAGAGAGGAGGUCCAACGACGUAGGCCAUGUAACAUCCGUAACACACUCUUAGAUCAGGAUAAAAAUAGAGGGCCAGCUAAACGUGAGGUCACGUGGCUGAGGAUAGGUAAAUUCAGAUGGAACCCCUUCAAACGCUGGAUGGGCACAGGCCUACAUCAAAAUCCAAAAACCACCCACAAAGGAGUAAGAGAUUGUGAAGAUAAGACUCCAAUGGAUGUCAAGAUGUUUAUUCCAUAUGACUCUGCCAAGCUAUGCAUAAGCCAAAUGACAGAUGAUAUGAUGGCAAUGAAGAGCAAACAUCAGGAUAUGAUUAAGGAACUGGAGGAGAACUUUCUUAUGGCAUCACGAGAAAAUCAGGAAAGAACAACACUUAAAAUUAGGACAUAUUACCAAAAUAAGCUUAACAAUCUGAAGAGAAUCUUGGAUAUUUACCAGGAAAAGGUGGCCAGAAAAAAUGCCUAUUGGGAAGAGAAGGUCAGGACUUUGGAGAGUCAGAAUGAAACACUUCAGGAGCAGCACACAGUACUUCAGCAGAGGAACCAAGACAAUUUAGCAGCAUGGGACAAAGAGAAGAACAAGAUGAUGGAAUUGUUUUCCUCCAGAUUGGAUCUCCUUCAUAACCAUCAGGCAUCAACACUGCAGGAGCUGCAUUUGGCCAGGGCAGAGAUGGGGAAGGUCCAGGAGCUGCUGCAAGCCUCUCAGGAGAAGAAAGAAAGUUCAGCUGAUGAAAUGUGCUGCAGUGACCCAGAUGUGCCACUAGAGGGAGCACAGGCUCUUCUUGAGGUUCUGAAGGAUAACCUUUUAAAGAGGGAGAAGGAGAUCUCAAUGCUCCUGGAAGGAGAAAAGGGUGUGAUAAAUUCUGUUGAACAGUCAGCAUAUGCUCACCUCCUUAGUGCUGUUAUUAAACAGGCUCAUCAUGUUUAUGUUGAGCUGGUGGAGGCUAAGCAGCAGUUUGACCUGAUGGCAGAGGACAAUCAAAAAACACUGGCAGAUGUAAAAGAAAGUCUACUUCAGACCAUAAAAGAAUCCAACCAGAGUCAUGAGGAACAGGAGAACAUACAGCAGGAAAAAGUGGAGGAGACACAGGUGGAUGAUGGAGCACAGAUGAGUUUACUACAUCAUGAGGUCAUACAAGUGGCUCUGGAGUGCAUCAGAGCUGGGGCUUCACCUACUCUCAUUGAGUCUGACACGAAUGAGGCAAGGACAGGAGAGCUGGAUGAAAGAGUCAAAAAAUUUGAGGAGAAUUUUCACAAGACUGGAUUAAUAAACGCUGAGAGUGAAAAGAGUGUGGGCCAGCAGCUGCUGUUACUGCAGACUGAGUUGAAGCAUAUCAAAGAAGAAAACAAAAAGAUUGUUGAGAACUACACAGCUGAACGAACCAUGAGAAAGAAGUACUACAACAUGGUGGAAGACAUGAAAGGUAAGAUCCGAGUGUUUUGUCGAAUAAGGCCACUGACUCGCACGGAGCAGUCGAAAAGAAGUCAAGUCAUAGUCUCGUGUCUCGAUGAGUACUCUGUGAUCCUGGAGACACCUCGAGGACCUCGCGAGUUUCAGUUUGACAAGAUCUUUAACUCGGAGUGUAUGCAAGAGGAGAUCUUUCUGGAGUCCAGUGGGCUAAUCCAGUGUGCAAUCGAUGGCUUCAAUGUAUGCAUCUUUGCGUAUGGCCAUACGGGUUCAGGAAAAACCUUCACGAUGGUUGGAGACAAAGAUCGAAGAAACCCAGGCAUCAUUCCCAGGACCUUCACCAAGAUCUUUGAGAUCAUCCAGGAAAAUGAGUCCAAAUUUGAGUUUAAGGUUUCAGCCUAUAUGUUGGAGCUGUACAAUGAUCGUCUACAGGAUCUCUUCGUAAGCCCGACCGAGGCAUUCAGCAAGAAAAUUGAAAUUAAGAGGGACAGAAAGGGUCUUGUGUUUGCCCAGGGAGCAGAGACAAAGGAGGCAGCCAGUGCCGGUGAACUCUUCGCAUUAUUCGAGCAGGGCUGCGCAAACCGUCACAUCGCAGCAACAAAGAUGAAUGUUGAGAGUUCACGUUCUCACCUGAUCAUUGGCAUUAUGAUCAAGAGCAGUAAUCUGACAAAUGGGAGCGUGAGCUACGGGAAGCUCAGUCUUGUGGACCUCGCAGGAAGUGAACGAGCAGCAAAAACAGGAGCCAAAGACGACCAGCUAAAGGAGGCAAACUCUAUUAACAAAUCUUUGAGUGCUCUAGGAGAUGUAAUUUCAGCUUUAUCCAUGGAGCAGCCUCACGUUCCAUACCGUAACAACAAGCUGACCCAACUCAUGCAAGACUCGUUGGGAGGCAACGCCAAGACCCUCAUGAUCCUUAACAUUUCCCCAUCUGACUGCAACCUGGAGGAGACUCUCACCUCGCUCAUCUAUGCAACUCGAGUGAAAAGCAUUACCAAUACUGCACAGAAAAAUGUCGACAGCAAGGAAAUCGCCCAGCUGAAAGAAGUGAUUUUAAAACUGAAGUCAGGCCAACCUGUGGAAGAAGAUGUAUAAGCUUCAAUCACAUAUGGCUUUGUUUUCAAAUAUGCCCGUUUUCGCUUUCCUGAAACUAAACCCUGGACAUGAGCCUAUAUCCAUAAACAAAACCAUAAACAAGUAAUCCUUCAAUCAUCAAAGUGUCAGUACAAACAGAAUGUGAAAUUUUUA